AUGAGCCAGGCGGACGUGAGCUGCUCGGCGCGCCAGCGCGUCUUCCAAGAGGCCCUGCGCAAGGGCAACACGGCGGAGCUGCACUCUCUGCUGCGCGGCAUGACCAACUGUGAGUUCAACGUGAACUCAUUCGGGCCUGAGGGCCAGACCGCUUUGCACCAGUCCGUCAUUGACGGAAACCUCGAGCUCGUCAAGUUGCUGGUGAAGUUCGGAGCCGACGUGCGUCUGGCGAACCGGGACGGCUGGAGCGCGCUGCACAUGGCGGCUUUUGGCGGCCACCAGGACAUCGCACUCUACCUCAUCACGAGGGCCAAGUACUCAUCCGGAGCGCUCUGAGUAUAAGAGAGAGAAAGAGAGAGAGAGAGAGAGAGAGAGAGAGAAACAAAACAAGCAGAAGCAGAGAAAAGCCGGACAUUAACGCAGGUUUCCCCUCAACCUGGUCCUGGUUUCCUGAAGCCCCAAUCUAGAGCUGCACGAUAUAUCACUUGAUCAUUGUUAUUGCGAUAUUGGCUUUUGCAAUACUUGCAUAAUCAUCUAGCGAUUGCAUUCGCAGGUUACACACAGAAAAACUUUCUAGCUACCAUAAAACAAGCUUGCAGAUCUUUUGUGAGAAGUGUUGUGAAAACCCAGUUGAUUACUCUGUCAGGUGAUCAUUCCAUCUGAGCAGGAUUUCAUUUCUAUAAUAUUUGAAGAAGGAACACCCAAUUUAGUAAAACAGACUGCAGCUGUAAAGAACCUUUAACGAAAAAAUCACAAAAUCCUUUCUUCAUCCACCUUCUGCUGAGUUGCUCCAACAAGUGUAAAAUCGCACCAGAUCAGGUUCACAGAUGUGCUUAAAAAAAGAAAUGAAUGAAAUAUUGCAGUUAUGAUAGAUUUUCUUAUAUAAAGCAGCCCUACAUUGCACAUUUUUGUGUUCACUCUGCUUUGCUUCACUCCUUUUAAACCUCAUUAGUGCUUCCUCGAUAGCUGGUGAGUCGAGUCAGGUAGAGAUAAACACAGAAAUGUGCAGUUCCACGAGGACUCCAGGACCAGGAUUGUGAAACGCUGCCGUAAGCCUAUCGCAUUCGACCACUUUUUGUGCCAAAGUCAAAUCCUGAUUCUUGGUGAUAUAGCAUGGCACGGAUUCAAGUCCAAAAUGCAGACGGUGUUGGGGUUGGUACAAUGUCAAAGUUGGGUUUGUGAACAAUGAAUACAGUUUAUAUUCUACAUUUAAUCAGUGCAUGAUUAUAGAUUACCUUCUAAAUAUAUUCUACUCACAGAUUGCUGACACUGAGAUACAAUGACAUAGCUGGAUUGAUAUAUACAUGUUAAACAGGUUCUUUGCUUUUUUUGUUUGAUUUUUUUAAUGGCAGGAAUGCUUAUUAGCUGAUUUGAUGCAUAUAGGGUUAUGACUUUGUCAGGAUUCUUACCUCAAAAUUGGUGUGGAUUCAUUCACACAGUAUAUAUUUCAGGAUCUCUAGCAAAAUAUGCAUUUGUUCCAUGGCUUUUAAAUAGAAAACUUUGAAGCUGGUAAAAUGUUAGCAAUUUCCAAUUUCUAUGAAAUUGUUCCUCGGACACAUGGAACACGGUGUAGACACAAUUAUAUCGCAUUUAAAUUCACAAAGAUUUAGGCUCUAACUACCUAAUUGUGAAAUAAGGAAAGGCUUGGUGUUUACAGCCUGUCACCGUUAUUGUUUUAAGCAAAAGUUUGUUUUAAAUGUUAGGCUGCUCAAACAACAUGACUUAUUCCUUUCAACCUUGAAGUUGAGCUUAUUCGCAAAAAUAUGUUGCAUUAAAUAUGUUUAUUCAGUACACUGCAUACUCAAAUACAUAGGCCUGUUUUUUUGUUUGUUUUUGCCCAUUCUUAUUACAAAUGCUGAAAGCCUGUUCAGAGUUUUGAGGUUUGUGAGAAAACACUGAUGAAGUAUCAUUCAAAGCCAGUAUAGAAAUAUGCAUCAUUUAUACUUGAGAAUGUUUUAACCUAUUGCACUGAUGGCUGUUUUAUAAACAGUUGGUGGCACCACCAACUUUGAAAGAUACUAUUUUUCUAAAUGGAAAAAAAAAAAUCAUAUUGUAUGGAAGCUCCAUGGUAGGUUAGUGUUCUCUCACUUUCGGCAAAGACAUUUAAAUGUCUGUAGAUUUUAAUUUUAGAACAUUGUAAAACACUUUACCCGAUGUUCCUCCCUGCACAAUAUCAAACGUGACAUUGUUGUAAUACCUGAGCAAUUUCAACACUUAAUACUUUGUUGAUUUUUCAUGGGAGACCAUUUGGGUAAAGUGUUCAGUAAUUCUUGGAGCACUUCUUCACGGAAGUCCCGUCCUCCUCUUUUUAAGGGGGGCGUUACAUGGUAAAAUCAGUGUAGCGCAAUGUUACACAAUGCACAAGUCUUUACUUGAUAAUGCCAUAACAUUUAUGACAUGAGAGUAAAAAAAAUACCAUCCUUGGUUGAGAUAAAUGUCAAAUGACUGUGAUUUUAUUGGACCAACUUUUUGGAAUUCUUAUUUUCUGCAAAGAGAAGUUAAAGAGACCAAACCACUGAUCUCUUGUUAUGCUUUUGUGAAUUGUUGAUAUGUUGUUGUUUUAUAUCUGUCUAGAAGGUUUGUUCUUACUGUUUUAAAUGGUAUAUGUGGUCAUGUUUUGAAAGAUAUUACUUGUUGUAUUUGUAUCUUUGUACAAAAGCCUUUUUAAAUAUUAAAUUCUGCUUUUU